CUCCGGCCCGCGGGGAUGGAGCGGGCGGCUCGCAGCUCCUCCCGAGAGGCCCGCGGGAGAGGCGGCGGGUCCCCCCGCCGGGAGAGCAAGAGCGCGAGGGCCGAGAGGGGCGGCGGAGGCCGUGGGCGCCGGGAUGCGGGGCGCGAGCGCGCGGGGAGCCGGGGGGAGCCGCCCGCGCCCGCAGCCACCGUGGUGGACGUGGACGAGGUCCGGGGCUCGGGCGAGGAGGGCACCGAGGUGGUGGCGCUGCAGGAGGGCGAGCGGCCCGAGGACGGUACCAAGUCUUCAGGUUUAGGGGCCUGUGAGUGGCUUCUUGUCCUCACAUCCCUGCUCUUCAUCAUUGUGACCUUCCCUGUUUCCAUUUGGUUCUGCAUAAAGGUUGUACGGGAGUAUGAGAGAGUAAUAAUAUUUCGACUGGGACAUCUGCUUCCCGGAAGAGCUAAAGGCCCUGGCCUUUUUUUCUUUUUUCCCUGCCUUGAUACCUACCACAAGGUUGACCUUCGUCUCCAAACUUUGGAGAUACCCUUUCAUGAGGUUGUGACCAAAGAUAUGUUUAUCAUGGAGAUAGAUGCCAUCUGCUACUACCGAAUGGAAAAUGCCUCUCUUCUCCUAAGCAGUCUUGCUCAUGUGUCCAAAGCCAUCCAAUUUCUUAUCCAGACCACCAUGAAGCGUCUCUUAGCACAUCGAUCCCUCACUGAAAUUCUUCUAGAGAGGAAAAGCAUUGCCCAAGAUCUAAAGGUUGCCUUGGAUUCAGUGACCUGUAUUUGGGGAAUCAAAGUGGAGAGAACAGAAAUUAAGGAUGUAAGGCUGCCGGCAGGGCUUCAGCACUCACUGGCUGUGGAAGCCGAAGCGCAGAGACAGGCCAAAGUGCGGGUGAUCGCUGCGGAAGGGGAGAAGGCCGCGUCCGAGGCCCUGAGAAGGGCGGCCGAGAUUCUGGCAGCCACCCCGGCCGCGGUCCAGCUGCGGUACCUGCACACCCUCCAGUCCCUGUCCACAGACAGACCUUCCACGGUGGUUUUGCCUUUGCCGUUUGACCUGCUGAAUUUCCUGUCCUCUCCUGGCAAUAGAACCCAAGGAAGCCUCCCCUUUCCCAGUCCUGCCAAACCUGUUGAGCCACCAAAUCCUAAAACGAAAGACUCUCCCAUGCUCUAGGAGGAGCCCGGGGUAAUGUGAUGGGGGGUGGGGGGCUGCCAGGGAACAGCCCCAUCUCUGAGGGAGGCUGUCCCCACUUCCUGCACUUCCUUUGGUUGCCACAUGGAAUGCCCUGGAAAGGUAGUCAUAGCCCAGCCAGCUAUGGGAGGAGGCAGUGGGAUGAUGUAAUGACAGAGGAGCCAUAUAACAAGUUUAGGUGGACCAUUUUAAUCAGAGUAAUAUGGGAAGAGCGUUAGCCAACGUUCUACUUUGGAAAGAAUUUUGUGUCUCUAUAUGGCUAAAUUUUGACUUUCAAAGAUAUAGUUCAAAUGUCUUUUUUUUUUUUUUUUACUGUACACCCUCUGGCCCCUUUGGCAAGGUCUUUCCUGCUCCUGUGGCCCUUUCUACAUGUCCCUUUUACUGUGUUCAUCACACUUCACUGUCAUCCUGUAGUUAAGAUGCUUACUCCUCUCCAGCUGUACUAUGAACUCUUGGUCACUUGCCCCACCACCACCACCUCCACCACUCAACCUUGUGUGUCCCACCCUAUGGUCUCCACAUCUAACCCACAUAUUGGCACCACAGAGACACUUAAAUGUUCCUGAGCAGAUGAAAGAAAAUAAGAUGUACUUGGGCUGAAUAUAAAAAUUCACAUCUAAUUAAAAGAAUUUAAAAGGGA